UAUUCAACGUUUAAUUGAAUUUUAAUUUAAGUUUGUAGAUUGUUAAAUUUGAUUUUUUUAAACAAUUUAGUCCGUUAGUAGUCAUAAUAAAUGACCUUUAAUUAUUUUCUGUUUUUAACUAACCAAAGUAUUCAUUCUUCAAAUUGCUGUCUUUCACUUACUUUACUUUGUGAUUUCAUCAAAUUGGGGAAAGAUUUUAAUAUAAAUUUAGAAAUGGCAAUAAAUAAUAUCAUUGACUUAGGCAGUUACCUAAACAAUGUACUAAAUUUUGAGCGACACCUUAGAUGGAGUAUGAAUGACAUAGUUCAAUACUUAGUUUCAUUACUUAUUUAUGAACAUAUAAAAAGUUUGGAGUAAAAAAAUGUCAACAAAAAUAAUUAAAUUAUUAAAACUUGGAAGGAUGCGAUAUGACCCUUGUCUUCAAUUACAAAAUCAGCUUUCUGAGAAAUUAAAAACCUGCAAUUCUAAUCACAUUGGAUAUCUAGUCAUUGUAGAACAUGAACCAGUAUAUACUAUAGGUAUUCGAAAACAAAAUUAUAAACCUGAUUUAGAAAAAAAAUUAACUAAAUUAGGCGCAGAAUUCAAAUAUUCAAAUCGUGGCGGUCUUAUAACAUUUCAUGGACCUGGUCAAUUAAUAGCAUAUCCAAUUAUUAAUCUAAAAUACUUCAAAUCUAGUGUACGUUGGUAUGUUCAAAAUUUAGAAUAUACUAUAUUAAACCUUUGUAAAGAAGAGUAUAAUCUCAAUGCAAACACUUCAUCAAAUACUGGUGUUUGGAUUGAUAAUGAAAAAAUUUGUGCAAUUGGAAUAAGAUGUACUCGGUACAUAACUACACAUGGACUAGCUUUGAACUGUAAUACUGACUUAUCAUGGUUCAACCAUAUUGUUCCAUGUGGAUUACAUGACAAAGGUGUUACUUCUCUAAGUUUACUUCUUAAAACUAAUUUAAAUGUUGAUGAUGUAUUACCUUUAUUUUUAAAACAUUUUGGCAGAACAUUUCAGUGCGAUUUUGUUAGCAAUAAUAUAUAAUUUGUUAUCCUGUAAAAAUGAUAAAUUUGUAAAAAAUUAUUGUGUUCUUUAAAAUAUUUUUUUAUAGUACAUUGUUAUUAAAUAGUUUUGGUUACUUAUUUAGUGUAAUAUGUUAACUACAAUAUAAUAUAUUGUUAUUAAAAAUUAAUACAUGUAAAUUUUUAAAAAAUAUAUACUUGUCUCUCAAUAAUUAAAUUUAACCAAAUAAAAAAAAAA